AUGUAUGGAUUGCUGCUGGAGAAUUUGGCCGAGUAUGUGAAGACGGUUUAUGGGGAGGAACGAUGGGAGGAGAUAAGGAAGGCUGCCGGCUUGGAUUCUCCCUCAUUCUCCGUCCAUCAAGUCUACCCAGAAACACUUCUCAAUAAGUUGGCGAAGAAGUCUCUACAGAUUCUCGGCGUGACGGAGAAGGAGUUCAUGGACCAAAUGGGCGUGUUCUUCGUGAACUUCGUCAGCCAGUAUGGAUAUGACAGGGUUUUGAGUGUUCUGGGACGACACAUGCGAGACUUCCUCAACGGGCUGGAUAAUCUGCACGAGUACCUCAAGUUCUCCUAUCCGCGAAUGCGGGCGCCGUCGUUCAUCUGCGAGAACGAGACCCGCCAAGGACUCACUCUGCACUAUCGCUCCAAAAGGCGAGGCUUCGUGUACUACACAAUGGGACUCAUUCGCGAAGUCGCGCGCCAUUUCUACCACAAGGAGAUGCACAUUGAGCUGGUGCGAGAGGAAAUCCUCUUCGACACUGUUCACGUUACAUUCCAGCUGACAUUCGACAACAGAGCUUUCACACUCGCUUCGCUGGCCAUGACGCGCGAGGAAAAACACCUUCCCAUCAGUGCAUCAGUUCUCUUCGAGAUCUUUCCCUUCUGCAUUGUGUUCGGAUCCGACAUGGUGGUAAGAAGCAUAGGAAAUUCUCUGAUGGUGAUCCUGCCCGAUAUUGUGGGGAAGAAAAUCACAAAUCUCUUCGAUUUAGUUCGUCCGCUAAUCGCAUUUAAGUUCCAAACGAUUCUCAAUCGCACUAACAACAUCUUUGAACUCGUCACUGUGGAGUCGCUGAUGGAGCGGCCGAGCGAAAUGAAUCAGAAAGACGUGCUCAGCAAUGACGAUGAAAUUGAGAAUGAGAAGAAUUUGCGACUCAAAGGACAAAUGAUUUACAUGGAGAAUUGGAGGAUGAUUAUGUUUCUGGGAACUCCUGUGAUGCCCGAUUUAACGUCUCUCAUCAACACUGGACUGUACAUCAAUGAUCUCAGCAUGCAUGACUUCAGCAGAGAUCUGAUGUUGGCCGGAACUCAGCAAUCGGUGGAGCUGAAGUUGGCGCUGGACCAGGAGCAGCAGAAGUCGAAGAAGCUGGAGGAAUCCAUGAGAAAAUUGGAUGAGGAAAUGAGGCGAACUGAUGAACUGCUGUAUCAAAUGAUACCCAAGCAAGUCGCUGAUCGAUUGCGCCGAGGCGAGAAUCCAAUUGACACGUGCGAGAUGUUCGACUGCGUGUCUGUGCUGUUCUCCGACGUCGUCACAUUCACUGAGAUCUGCAGCCGAAUCACGCCCAUGGAGGUCGUCUCCAUGCUCAAUGCCAUGUACUCCAUCUUCGACACGCUCACGGAGCGCAACGGCGUGUACAAGGUGGAGACGAUCGGGGAUGCUUACAUGGUGGUGUCCGGGGCGCCCGAGAAGGAGCCCAAUCAUGCGGAGAAAGUAUGCGACAUGGCGCUCGACAUGGUGGAUGCAAUUCAGGACCUCAAAGAUCCUUCCACAGGUUCUCAUCUGAAAAUUCGCGUUGGGGUUCAUUCGGGCGCUGUUGUGGCGGGAAUUGUUGGUCUGAAGAUGCCCAGAUAUUGUCUGUUUGGCGACUCCGUCAACACCGCGUCGCGAAUGGAGUCCACAAGUUUGCCCAUGAAGAUUCACAUAUCGGAGUCCACAAAGUCCUUCCUGGGGCCAAACUACAAGAUCAACGGGCGCGGCGAGCUGGAUGUCAAGGGCAAAGGGAACAUGAAGACUUACUGGCUGGAGGAGCGCGAGCACAGAAAGCCGCUCGACAGGCGCGUGAGCAUCCCACUGUCGCCCCAGAAGGAGCCCGGCACGCCCGUGUCCGCCGCCCCGGACGACAGGAGAGUCUACUCGCCCAUCACCUUCCAGGACGUCGCGCGGCGCAGCAUCGCCGGAUCGCCCGUCAGGAGCAUUCUCAGCGGCCGAGGAAGAGAAUCCCGAUCGAACUCCACCGGCCAUGUAUUUAUGCACAGUCCGAGUGACAUGUUUGGCUCCUUGAUCAGCGACACGGAGGACUUCUUCGAGGACCUGCAAACCCACCGAGCGCAGUCGCCGCCAUCGCCGCGGAGUCUCUAUCAUCAGCGCCUGUCGGCGUCCAAAAUCAAGCCGCGGCGGCACGCCAGCGUGUCCGGGGAUGAUGAGCUGACCAGCGGCCACAGCUCAGUCCUGUCCACGCCAGUCAUCGCCGAGGAGAGCACAGACAAGAAGAAUGCAGUGCCGAAGGACACGAGCAAGAACACCCGAAAGGGCGCCACAAAUCUCACACAGACCAAAACACUCGAACAAUUAGACAAAAUGAUGGAGGAUUUCCUGGAUUCAGAUCUGCCAGGACUCUGUCCACUGAGCUUCGCUCCGCCGCCCAACUCCCACUCCGACGGGAGUCUCUGUGUGAAAGCUCACGCCACCCGAAAGCCCACCAGCCAGAGCUUCAGCCUCCACAACAAGGAUCACCAGUGCUGCUCGGGCUUCGGCCAGCAGAACGGCCGGCAUCGCGUUCACUCCAACGCCUGCAGCAUCGUCUAAUGGACAACGAGGACGCGCGCAGGAUGUGAGACUCUCAGCCUUCAGGCUCUCCUCGGAACACAGCAAGUCACCAGAAGCACCCUCACGCGCGUGUUCUGCUCACAAUUCCACCCUUUGGAUGACUGGAAUUAUCCGAGUCUCAUCACAGCUGCACUGGAUCAGGAUUUCGAUGACAAUAACAGGAUUACAGGUCCUCCCAUUGCGUCUCAUCGCCGAAAGGCUUUCCCAUCAAGUCUCCCAAGGGGGAGAUAUUAUGAUCGAAAGUGGUGUACAGCUUGAAAGUGAAAGUGGCAAAAUAUAUUAGAAUAUU